AUGCUCUUCUCUACCAUCACUACGGCACUGCUCUUUGCCGCAUCUGCUACUGCAGCUGCCCUACCAAGACCCGCCAAACCGCAAUACGCUCCCGCCCGUAACCUCAACAAGCUCGCCAAACUCUUUCCCCAGAGCGCUCUUCAAGGCCCAGGCGACUUGGAUCUCAAGUACGUUGUGCUCGGCAUCGGCACACAAAACUACACUUGCGGUUCUGAUGAGAGCGCGGCUCCUGGUACUACUGGCGCAUUCGCCACCCUAUACGAUAUCGGUACGAAGCUCAACGACGAAGCAUUUGCCAAGUGGAAGAUUCCCUCUAUCACCCCUCUCGCACUCUCACUGUACGAAGUGGCUCCUGGGCUAGUCGACAUGAGCCUCCGACUCCAGGGCUACGAACAUAUCACCGGUCACCACUUCUUCGCCGACGUAGAAGGAGCGAACACACCAACAUUCGCCUUCGACAAACUGAGCACGCCAUUCCCCAUGACCCAAGUGGCCAAGAUCAGCAACGUCAGUGCACCAUCGUACGCAUGCCCAGGCAAGAACGGUCUACCUGCCGUCGACUGGCUAUACCUACAGCACAAGACUGGCAUCACUCAGGGAGGAAUCAACACCGUCUACCGUGUCGAGACUGCCGGUGGUAACAAGCCUGCUACAUGCAAAGGCAUGCCAGCCACAUGGGAAGUCAAGUACGCUGCGCAAUGUAAGUAUACCCGAAACACCCACGUAGCUAGAAUAGUCCACUAA